AUGGGGUUCUCGACGAUUGAGUUCGACAAGUACAAUCCUUCCUCUGAGAAGGCAAGCGAUGCCCGCCAGGACCUCGCUCACCUCGACUACUCCCCGCUGAAGCGCAUUUCGGGGCGGUCAUGGGCCAUGGGUAUCCUCAUCUCCAUGGGCGGCAUGGUCUUUGGCUAUGACACGGGUCAGAUCUCCGGAUUUCUGGAAAUGCCCGACUUCCUCGACCGCUUCGGCCAGCAUAAGGCCGACGGCUCCGUCAAGUUUAGCAACGUCCGCUCCGGUCUGAUUGUCGGCCUCCUCUCCAUCGGCACCCUCAUCGGUGCCUUGUGCGCAGCCCCAAUCGCCGACAAAUUUGGUCGCCGGAAAUCCAUCUCCUUCUGGUGUCUCAUCACCUCUGUCGGUUUCGUCAUCCAGAUUGCCGCCGAUAGGUCCUGGGUACAGAUCAUGAUUGGCCGUCUGGUAGCUGGCUUUGGCGUCGGUGCCCUCAGUCUCAUUGUCCCUAUGUUCCAGGCCGAGACCGCACCGCCAUGGAUUCGUGGCGCCCUCGUCUGCGCCUACCAACUUUUCAUCACCCUCGGCAUCUUCCUCGCCGCAUGCUUCAAUUAUGGCACCGUCACUCACCAAACACACAGCUCUGCCUCCUGGCGAAUCGUCAUUGGUCUUGGUUGGCUCUGGACCAUCAUCCUUGGCGUUGGCAUCCUCGCCUUUCCCGAAACCCCUCGUUAUGACUACCGCAUGGGCAACGUGGAGCGUGCCAAAAGCACUCUUUGUCGAGUUUACGGCGCCCCCGAGAACCACUACAGUAUCUACAUUCAACUCGAGGAGAUUGAGAGCAAGCUCCGAGCCGAAUCACAAAUCAAAGGGAACCCUGUCCAAGAGUUCGUCGGCAUGUUCAAGGCUCCGAAAAUGGCACAUCGUAUUGCUUUGGGUUGUGGACUGCAAAUGCUCCAACAACUCACAGGCGCGAAUUAUUUCUUCUACUACGGAACGACAAUUUUUUCGUCUGUGAAUAUCAACUCUUUCAUUACGCAAAUCAUUCUGAAUGUCAUCAACUUUGGAACCACCUUUAUUGGUCUCUACAUUGUUGAACACUAUGGCAGACGCAAGUCGCUGAUGGUCGGCUCUUGUUGGAUGUUUAUUUGCUUCAUGAUCUUUGCAUCUGUUGGACACUUCAGCCUGGACCGAGAGAAUCCUCGCAACACCGUGAGCGCUGGCAUUGCGCUCAUCGUUUUCGCUUGUUUCUUCAUUUUGGGCUUUGCCACCACGUGGGGACCAAUGAUCUGGACUAUUCAGGCCGAGCUCUUCCCAUCAAGAUACCGCGCCAAGGCCAUGUCCCUUUCCACCGCCAGCAAUUGGAUUUGGAACUUUUGCAUCGGCUUCUUCUCACCCUUCAUCACUGGUGCCAUUGACUUCCGGUAUGGCUACGUCUUUGCCGGAUGCAAUCUGGUUGCUGGAUUCGUCGUCUAUUUCUUCGUCAUUGAGGGUCAGGGGCGAACUUUGGAAGAGAUUGACACCAUGUACUUGGAGAGUGUCAAGCCGUGGAAGAGCGCGCAAUGGGUACCUCCUUCCGCCGAAGAAAUGCACCGCAUCCGCAAGCAGGCCGGCACAGACCUCGAUGCCAACGCCAGCGAUUCUGCUGUCCAGGGCGAGAAGACGGAGGGAUUGCAACCCAAGGGCGCCCUCGACGGGACUUCUCACCAGGAGAGGGUCUGA